UGCAAACAAUUCCCUCUCUCACUAUCUUUUCUUCCCUCCUUCCACCUCUCUCUCUCCUCCUUUUUGCACCUUCCUACCUUUUAUUUUCUUGCUCCCUCACCCCCUACUCCAUGACUCAAGUUUUCUCUCUCUCUCUCAAAAGAAAUUCAAAAAGAAAAAAAGGGGAAAUCUUUUCUCACUUAUCAACAUUUGUAUAUAAACACAAUUGCCUCUACUUUCCAAGGAUGUCAUAUAAUGUUUCUCUGGUUUUGAAAUGGCUUGCAAUUGCCUUGUCUCUCUCUGUUGAAAGCUGAAACCAAGCCAGAAUUGAAGAAGAAGAUGAGGAAGUUGAGAAGAAUGUGUAGAAGGAACCUCUGGGGUCUUCUUGUAUUCAUCCAACUGGGCUGCACUCUUGUUGUCUGUUCAGGUUCAAAUGUAAAGGGAGAAAUUUCCAGCACCCAAAGAGACAUCACUACACCUAUAACAACUGUUCCAACUGCAAAUCCCACCACUCCAACUACCACAACUCCAGUUCUGAAUCCUACAGUUUCCAAUCCCGAUUCAACCACCACGAACCCAGUCAAUCCGGUGAUGACACCGUUCCCUACAAGCACAACAUCCCCACCGUCAUCUUCCAGCGCGAGCUGGUGUGUUGCUAGCCAAUCUGCUUCGCAAAUUGCGUUGCAGGUAGCCUUGGACUAUGCGUGUGGCUAUGGCGGUGCUGAUUGUUCGGCCAUUCAGCCCGGAGGGGGCUGUUACAAUCCCAACAGUAUCCGUGACCACGCUUCCUAUGCGUUCAAUAGUUAUUACCAGAAAAAUCCCAUUCCUAAUAGCUGCAAUUUUGGUGGCACUGCUGUCACAACCAACACUGACCCCAGCUCUGGAACCUGUCAGUAUCCAUCAACUAGCACAAGCGCAUCAAUCUUGAACACGACUAAUUCGAGUGGAUCUAGAGUUUUCGGUGCUGGACCUAUCACACCCUCAACCUCAAAAGCUGUUGGGACAAGUAGUUUCCCGAGUUUUUACUACCAGUUAACACUUGUCGUGAUGUGCCUAGUGGCGGUGGGUAAUCAUCGUCGAUAACAGCUUAAUUAUCGCACUAAAGAUAAUUUCUUUUUGCUGCAAGACACAAGACUGUGGUUCCAAGAAGACAGAAAGUCUGAGUAGAAUGUAAAUGGCAAGGCUUUAGUGUCACACUGGUUGUUGUUUUAAUCAUUAUACCAAGCUGACAUCUUUUUUUCUGUAAAAAAGAAGGCAAGUGUGCAGGGUGUUUAUGUUUGUGAAAUCUGGGGGUUUCUUGUAGGUUAUAGAGGAGCUGAGAUUGGAGUUGAAAUUAAAUUACAGUGUAAUCUUGAUUAAAGAUAGCUAGAUGGAUAAAUCAUUGUUUCUUUUACAUUUCUGCAAA